CACCAGGCGGCGACGGCGGCGGCUCCUCCCGGUCAGUUAGCGAGGUGUCAUGGCGGCUCCCUGUCGCAGGUUAGUUUCACGGUGAAGUUCUUAUUUCAGGAUGAGCUGAGAGAAGAAACACAACUGUGACAGGUAUGAAUGUGAUGUCAUCAGUGAUGCGGGGGGCCCGGCGGCUCGUCCACACCGACCCGGUUCUGCUCAGCAGCUUCCUGUGUCCGCCCCUUCUCUGUCCUGCCCGCAGCUCCGCCCCCCUGCUCACCUGUCAGCAGAACAGGAAGUACGCCUCCAAACAGGUUAAAGGUCAGAAGAAUGACCACAAUAAGCAGAGGGUCAAACCCAAAGUGGACAAACAGGAAGUGGAGAUCACACAGAGGAUGACGGUGGCUGCUCUCGCUGAGGCCAUGAACAAAGACUUUGAUCAUGUGUUGGAGGCUCUGCUGAACACCUCGGUGGAUCUGGACUCUUUGGAUCCGGACUCGGUUCUGGAGGAGAAGUGGAUUAAGGAGGUGGUGACUCGAUCGGGGAUGAAGUUCAAAUGGGCCAAACUGAGCGAGAGCAGAAAGAGGACCAACAGGGACGCCCACAGGAGACCUCCAGCUGACCCGUCCAGCCUGGCGUCUCGCCCCCCGGUGGUCACCAUCAUGGGUCAUGUGGAUCACGGUAAGACCACCCUGCUGGACAGUCUGAGGAAGAGUCAGAUCGUCUCUACUGAGGCCGGAGGAAUCACACAGCACAUCGGAGCCUUUCUAGUCCAGUUGCCUACAGGUGAGAAGAUCACCUUCCUGGACACUCCAGGUCAUGCCGCCUUCUCCUCCAUGAGAGCCCGCGGAGCCGACGCCACCGACAUCGUCAUCCUGGUGGUGGCGGCCGACGACGGCGUCAUGAACCAGACGGUCGAGUCCAUCCAGCACGCCAGGAGAGCCAAAGUUCCACUGAUUGUGGCGGUGAAUAAGUGCGAUAAGCCUCAGGCUGACCCGCAGAGAGUCAAACAGGAGCUGCUCGCUCACGAUGUCGUCUGUGAGGAGUUCGGAGGAGACGUUCAGGCGAUCCACAUCUCUGCUCUAAAGGGCAACAACCUGCUGGCUCUGACCGAGGCCACAGUGGCGUUGGCUGAGGUUCUGGAGCUGAAGGCGGAACCCGGUGGUCUUGUGGAGGGACUCAUCAUCGAGAGUCGCACCGACAAAGGCAAAGGUCCUGUAACGACAGCCAUCGUCCAGCGGGGGACGCUGAAGCGUGGCUGUGUCCUGGUGGCGGGAAAGAGUUGGGCUAAGGUUCGUCUCCUGUUUGACGAGCACGGGCGGGCGGUGACGGAGGCCGGACCGAGCUGUGCGGUGGAGGUGGUUGGCUGGAAGGAGCUGCCGUCCGCUGGAGAGGUCAUCCUGGAGGUCGAGUCUGAGCAGCGAGCGAGGGAGGUGGUGGAGUGGAGGAGCUCUGAGGACGAGCAGCAGAAGCUGCAGGAGGAGCAGAGCGCCAUCGAGCUUAAACAGAAACUGCACCUGCAGGAGUACAGGAGAGAGAGGGCGGAGCUGUCUCACCUUAGCUGGAGGCAAAGGAAGGCGGCUCUGUACCAGGCCAACAAGACCAAGUUCUCCGUGAGACCAAGCGAGAGGACUCAGGACGACCAGCUGAGUCUGCCGCUCAUCGUCAAAGGUGACGUGGACGGGUCUGUGGAGGCCAUCUUGAACAUCCUGGACAGUUACGAUGCUCAGCAGCAGUGUGAGAUGGAGGUCGUUCACUUCGGCAUCGGAGAUGUUUCCGAGAACGACGUCAACAUGGCCGAAACGUUCGCAGGUUCCAUUUAUGGCUUCAACGUCGGGGCCAGCAGGUCGGUCCAGCAGCUGGCGUCGAAGAGAGGCGUCCCGCUCAGACUUCACACCGUCAUCUACAAACUGAUCGAUCAGCUGAAGGACGAACUGAGCGGCAAACUGCCGCCACUCGUGUCCGAGAACAUCGUCGGUGAGGCGACGGUCCUCGCCAUGUUCGACGUCUCUGUGGGGAAAAAGAAGGUUCCUGUGGCCGGCUGUCGGGUUCAGAAAGGUCUGCUGGACCGUCGACUCAAGUUCAGACUGAUCCGAGGACAAGACUCCAUCUGGGAGGGUUCUGUGCUGGCGUUGAAGCACCACAGGGACGAUGUUCAGACGGUGAGGACGGGCAUGGACUGCGGUCUGUCAGCUGACGGGAAUGUGGACUUCAGGCCUGGCGACAUCAUCGUCUGUUUCGAGAACCUGGACUCUCCGCAGGUCACUUCCUGGGACCCUGGCUUCUAGUGUCGCCUUCCCAGCAUCCUCUGCUGCUGAGAGGCCUGGGGUCCGACUCAUCAGACUGAACUGUGAUGAUGUGACUUGUUAUUUGCGUCUGGUUCCCGAGUCCUGUACAGAAACAUCGCGUUUCCUUUACUUUCACUCGGGCCGAAGCCCGAAUGACACUCGAGCUCGUGUUUUUCCGUUUUCUCCAGCAGAUUCACUCAGACUACGAACUGCGGUUCAGUCCCAAAGACCUGAGAGUAGGAUCACCGAUAGAUAUUUAUCGAUUAGCCACGUUAAAAGGGUGACGUCAGGCCCUUGUUCAGUGCCGAGUGCUUGAAAGUUGUGUAGGAUGGAACUGUCACGUGACCGUACGUUAACAUCCCAGCUAACGCAAACACGCCGUUGAUGUUUGCCGUCGAGUGAAGGUACGGUCACGUGACAGUUCCAUUUAACAAAGCGUCCCGCUAUCGGCCCCGAAAGGGACGCGACCUCACGUUUCUAAUAAAUAUUGGUCCGAGCGAUCAGACUGUAAACGGUGUUUGACAACAUCCAGGCUGAGUCUGGAGUCGAGCUGGUCCAGGCCUCGGCGGCUGUGCA